AUGGCUUCGCAAGUCUUUCAAGCCAAUCGCACGGCUCUCAUCACUGGCGGCGCGUCCGGUGUGGGCUUUGCUUUCGCUCAGCUAUGUCAAAAGUUUGGCAUGAAUGUUGCUCUGGUAGACAAGUCCACCGAAGGACUCGAGAAGGCAAAGGACAUUUUGUCAGGAACCGCCGAGAAUGGACAGAAAACUGAGGUCUACGAUAUGAACAGGNAUGUAUCCGAACUCGCACAAUGGCGAUCUCUCAAGUCUGAAGUCGAGGCCAAGUUCGGCAAUAUCGAUCUAUUGAUGCUGAAUGCCGGUGCUUCAUUCAAGCCUACUCAAGGCUUUGGCGCAUUGUCGACUUGGCUCGAUCCCGCAUACCACCACAAAACCUACGACACGAAUGUGUUCGGCGUGAUCAACGGCAUCGCGGCCUUCCUACCUCAACUCCAGAACAAAGACACGCCGUCCUCGAUCGUCAUCACCGGCAGCAAGCAAGGUAUCACCAACCCACCCGGCGGCGCCAACCCGGCCUACAAUGCCAGUAAAGCAACCCUCAAACACCUUGCCGAACACCUCUGCCACGAUCUCCGCAGCUCCAGCUCGUUGAUAAGCACGCAUUUGCUUAUCCCCGGAUGGACGUACACAGGCUUUAGCGGCAACAAAGGUCCCAUCCCUGACGAGGAGGCCAAAGCAAAGAAGCCUGAAGGCGCAUGGUUGGGCUCACAAGUGGCCGAGUAUGGAGUCAGAAAGAUGAUGGAGGGACAAUUCUAUAUUGUGUGUCCUGACGACGAUGUUUCGGAGGAGUUGGACAAGGCGAGGAUGGCUUAUGCGAUGGGUGAUGUGUGUGAGGGCAGACCUGCGUUGUCGAGAUGGCAUGACGAGUACAAGGACAGUGCUGCUGAGUGGAUACAAAAGGAGGCAGAGAAGAGAAAGGCUUGA